AUGCGUGGUGCUGCGGUUGUUCGUGGUGUGACGAAGGAAAGACUGGAUCAACUUCGGAUCACGAAAUACAACCGUGCGGAGCGGAAUCCAGAGUCGCCAACAGCACUACCCAGUCCAACCAGCGUUGGCUCGACUGAAAAUGAGGAUAUCUGCCCAAUCUGCUUGAUUGAUUUCGAAGACGGCGAGGACGUUCGGAAUCUCCCUUGCAAACACAUUUUCCACGUUGCUUGCAUUGACGAGUGGCUGAAACGCAACACGUCUUGCCCGAUGUGCAAGAGCAAUGUGGACUUAGGUGCGGUAGAUAUCACAGUCGAAAGCACUCCCGCAAGAGGAGGUGCCGUCGUCACACCCGUCUCGACAACCAACUAA